AGAAAGAUAGUGAUUUUAAACCGCCGGAAAUCAUACUGGAGUAUACAAUUUGAAAUUCCGUCAUCAGUUCUCUGCAAAAAUGGAAAUUCCCAAGGAUCAAAUCGCCACUCUUCUCGAUAGCGACCUCUAUAGCUCGGCUCAAAUACUUGGUUCUUUCCUCGUUUCAUCGUCUUCCAUUAAUCCUGAAACCACCCCUCACCUCAAGGCCGAAAAUCUGAUUUUUCUUGGAGACGCAUUGUUGCGCGAGAGGGAGUAUCGCAGAGCGAUCCAUACGUACAAGCAGGCUUUGCAGUACUAUAAGAUAAUUCCCAAGCAAAAUUCAACAGCUUCUAGGAGUUCAUUAUCCAACAGGUCUUCUUCUCCGAAUUCUUUUAACAUUUCGGCAAUUAAUGAAAAUGAGGUGAAAUUCAAGAUUGCUUCUUGUCAUUCUGCGCUGAAUGAAACUAGAGCGGCACUUGUUGAGAUGGAGGGAAUUCCUAGCAAAGCAAGAACUUUGCAGAUGAGUCUAUUAAUGGCCAAGCUUUAUCGAAAUUCUAGACAUAAUCGCUUUGCUAUUGCUUGUUAUAAAGAGUGUUUAAGGCAUUGCCCUUAUGUCUUUGAGGCCAUUAUAGCGUUAGCUGAACUGGGAGUUGCUGCCAAGGAUAUCAUUUCAACUUUUUCACAGGGUUCUAGUAGAAGUGGUAGGGCACCAUUUGAUCAUGUCGACUCAAAUCGUUGGCUUCAACGCUAUGUGGAGGCACAGUGUUGCGUUGCUUCAAAUGAUUACAGAGGUGGUUUGGAACUCUUUGGAGAACUCCUACAACGUUUCCCGAAUAAUGUACAUAUAUUACUUGAAAUCGCAAAGGUUGAAGCCAUUAUUGGAAAGAACGAUGAGGCCAUAGUGAAUUUUGAAAAGGUUCGAUCACUUGAUCCAUAUGUUGUAACUUAUAUGGAUGAGCAUGCAAUGCUUCUAAAGACAAAGUCUGAUUACUCAAAGCUAAAUAAGUUAGUGCAUGAUUUGCUGAGUAUUGAUCCUACAAGGCCGGAAGUUUUUGUGGCUUUGUCUGUCCUGUGGGAAAGGAAAGAUGAAAGAGGAGCAUUGUCUUAUGCUGAGAAGAGUAUCCGAAUUGAUGAGAGGCACAUUCCAGGUUACAUAAUGAAGGGUAAUCUACUCUUGUCAUUGAAGCGACCAGAAGCAGCUGUAAUUGCUUUCAGGGGAGCUCAAGAAUUGAGACCUGAUCUUCGUUCAUAUCAAGGUUUGGUUCAUUCUUAUUUGGCAUUCUCCAAAAUCAAAGAGGCUCUGCAUGCUGCCAGGGAGGCAAUGAAGGCCAUGCCUCAAUCUGCAAAGGCUCUAAAAUUAGUUGGUGAUGUACAUGCUAGUAACUCUGGUGGCAGAGAGAAGGCCAAAAAGUUUUAUGAGUCAGCACUGCGGCUGGAACCUGGUUACCUUGGUGCUGCAUUAGCUUUGGCUGAGCUUCAUGUUAUUGAGGGCCGAAAUGGAGAUGCUGUGUCCCUACUUGAGCGAUAUCUCAAGGAUUGGGCUGAUGACUCUCUUCAUGUCAAGCUGGCUCAAGUAUUUGCUGCCACAAAUAUGCUGCAAGAGGCUUUGUCACAUUAUCAGGCUGCAUUAAGAAUAAACCCACAGAAUGAAGCUGCAAAGAAAGGGCUUGAGCGUUUGGAAAAACAAAUGAAGGGGGUGGAUCCGGAUGCACCUGAAGAAGAUGAAGAAAAUGAGGUGGAGGAUGCGGAUGCAGACCAAGAAGAGACUGAGCUUUUGUGAGGGUGUGGCCAAACAAGGUCUUGGAAUUUCAUAGUGAUGAGGAAAUUAAUCUUCAUGAUUUUCACUUAGAGAAAAUGUUGUAGAAACUUUGCUGCCAACAAACCAGGCAGCCUCUAUUGCAAUAGUGUUGUAGAGCCUGGAUUGAUUAAGAUUCCCAAAGGUAUAUUAGUUGAUAAAAAGAUUGGGAUAAAAUUGGGUUUUAUGCACACUUGUGAUAUGGGGUUCUAGCUACGAGAUGUUUUGUAUGUAUCUUAAAAUUUAUCGCUGCAAAACCCAAAGGAUCCAGGGAAGCAUUGAACUCUUGGAUGACAAUGAUUUAAAAAUAAGUGUUUUUUCUUCUUAA